AUGGCGGAGGCGCUUCGCGCGCAGGCCGACGCGGCGCUGCACGGGCAGGACGAGGAGACCCGCGCGGCGCUGCUCGGCGGGCCGUCGCUCGAGGCUCCCGUCGACUCGGUCGCCGACAAGUGGUUGCUGCUUCCCGCGUUCCUCAAGGUUCGCGGGCUGGUGAAGCAGCACCUGGACUCGUACAACCACCUGGUGGGGAUCGAGAUGCAGCAGAUCGUCAAGGCGAACGAGCUCGUCACAUGCGACGCCGACCCCAACUUUUACCUCCGCUUUGUCAACGUGUCGCUCGGCGAGCCGUCCGACCAGGAGUUCCACUCGGAGCGGACGUGGAAGUCGGACCGGUUCACGCCGCAGGAGUGCCGGCUGCGCGACAUCACCUACUCCGCGCCCAUCAAGGUGGACGUCGAGUACACCGUCGGCGCUGCGCGCAAGCUGCGGCGCGGCUUGGUCGUCGGCCGGAUGCCGGUGAUGCUGCGCUCAUCGAAGUGCAUGCUGCACGGUCGGUCGGAGCGGGAGCUCGCUUCAAUGGGCGAGUGCCCCGUCGACCCGGGCGGCUACUUCAUCGUCAAGGGGCAGGAGAAGGUCAUCCUGAUCCAGGAGCAGCUCAGCAAGAACCGGAUCAUCGUCGGCUGGGACACAAAGGGCAACAUCACCUCGGCGGUCACGUCGUCGACGCACGAGCGGAAGAGCAAGACACACAUCAUCUGCAAGAACGGCCUCUUCGCGGUGCGGCACAACACCUUCGGCGACGACAUCCCCGUCGUCGUCCUCCUGCGCGCCAUGGGCCUCACCUCGGACCAGGAGGUGGUGCAGCUGGUCGGCUCGGAGCCUCGCUUUGCGCACGCCAUCUCCGCGUCGCUGCACGAUAAGUCCUAUUCUCACCUCGGCAUCUUCUCGCAGGCAAAGGCGCUCGAGUGGAUCUCGCGCAAGAUUCGGUCCGGCCCUCGCGGAGACACACUCCCUCGACACUCCCUAGACACUUCCUGCUGCUCACAGGAGACGCGCGAGCUGCUGGCGCACGUGCUGCUCGCGCACGUCCCGGUGGUCGAGGACAAGUUUUGGCCGAAGAUGUCAGGAAGUGUCUCGGAAGUGUCUAGGAAGCGUGUUGUGCAGGCGCAGCACGACCCCGCCUGCAUGGACGACAUGGACUACUACGGCAACAAGCGGCUCGAGCUGGCCGGGCAGCUGCUCUCUCUCCUCUUCGAGGCGCGCCUCGAGAGAUCCAGAUCUCCCCAGAUCUCCCCAGAUCUCCCCAUAUCUCCCCGUAUCUCCCCGUAUCUCGAGCAAGCCUCUGCGCCGUGGGACAUCACGCGGAUGGUGCGCGAGGACAUCCUCACCAAUGGGUUCGUCUCCGCCAUCUCGUCGGGCGAGCGGAACUGGUCGGUCAAGCGCUUCAAGAUGGAGCGCUCCGGCGUGCUCUCGCGCCUCUCCUUCAUCUCCGCGCUCGGCAUGAUGACGCGCAUCAUGUCGCAGUUCGAAAAGACGCGAAAGGUGUCCGGCCCGCGCUCGCUGCAGCCCUCGCAGGCGCGCGGGCGGCGGCGUGCUCGCCGCCGCCAGCCGAGACACUGGGGGAUGCUCUGCCCGUCCGACACGCCCGAGGGGGAGGCGUGCGGGCUGGUCAAGAACCUCGCCCUCUCCGCCCACGUCACCACGGACGACGAGGAGGAGCCGAUCCGCCGCCUCUGCUUCAACCUCGGCGUCGAAGACUUGCACUUGCUCUGCGCCGACGACCUGUACACGCGCGGCGCGCACCUGGUGUGCGUGCACCGCCGUCCGGAGCAGCUCCUGCUCACGAUGCGCCAGCUGCGCCGUGCCGCCGUGCUGCGCGAGUUUGUGUCCGUGCAGCUGCACCCGACCCACCGCUGUGUCAACAUCGCGUCCGACAGCGGGCGAGUCUGCCGGCCGCUGCUCGUGGUCGACAACGCCGUGACACGCUCGCCACCCCGUAGGCACAUGGACGAGCUGGCCGCCGGCAAGCGCGAGUUUGCGGACUUUGUCAAGGAGGGCAUCGUCGAGUACCUCGACGUCAACGAGGAGAACUCGGCGGAGAUCGCCGUCCGCGAGGCCGAGCUGCGCGCGACGCCGCCGCGAGCCGCGCCGUACUCGCACCUCGAGAUCGACCCGCUGACCAUCCUCGGCGUGUGUGCCGGGCUGAUCCCGUACCCGCACCACAACCAGUCGCCGCGGAACACGUACCAAUCGGCCGAGAACGCCGAGAUCGCGAUGGGCUCGAUCGCGUACAACCAGUCGGAGCGGAUCGACACCAUCCUCUACCUCCUCAUCUACCCGCACAAGCCGAUGGUCAAGACGCGCACCAUCGACCUCACCGGCUUCAACAAGCUGCCCGCCGGCCAAAACAUGUCGGUCGCCGUCAUGUCCUACUCGGGGUACGACAUCGAGGACGCGCUCAUGCUGAACGGCGCCUCGCUCGACCGCGGGCUCGGCCGCUGCAUGGUGCUCAAAAAGUUCACCUGCCCGCUCAAAAAGUUCCCCAACGGCGCCUCGGAGCGCACCGCGCCGCCGCCGGCCGCGCCCGCCGAGCCGGCCGCCGGCACGGGCAGGCACAAGCCGCGGCCGUCGCCAAACCUGCAGCGGUACCGCGUGCUCGAGGAGGACGGCAUCUGCGGUGUCGGCGAGCGGCUCGCGCCCGGCGACGUGCUGGUCAACAAGGUGACGCCAAACAACACGCGCGAGGACCAGCCCGGCGGGGAGGCGGACCUGCCGCCCGCCGCGUACCGGCCGACGCCGCUCACGUACAAGGGCCCGCACGGCCACGACCACACCUACGUCGACAAGGUGAUGCUCUCCGGCAACAAGAAUGACACGCACCUCAUCAAGCUGCGCAUCCGCUCGACGCGCCGGCCGGAGCUCGGCGACAAGUUCUCGUCGCGCCACGGGCAGAAGGGCGUCGUCGGGCGCGUGGUGGCGCAAGAGGACAUGCCGUUCAGCGACCACGGCAUCUGCCCCGACAUCAUCAUGAACCCGCACGGCUUCCCGUCGCGCAUGACCGUCGGCAAGAUGAUCGAGCUCCUCGCGGGCAAGGCGGGCGUGCUCGACGGGCAGAUCCGGUUCGGCACCGCCUUUGGCGGCGACUCGGUCGACUCGUGCUCAAAGGUGCUCGUGCGGCACGGCUUCCACUACCUCGGCAAGGACUUCAUGACCUCGGGGCUGAGCGGCGAGCCGCUCUCCGCAUACAUCUUUUGCGGGCCAAUCUACUACCAGAAGCUCAAGCACAUGGUCAUCGACAAGAUGCACGCGCGCGCGCGCGGCCCGAGGCAGGUGCUCACGCGCCAGCCGACCGAGGGGCGCUCGCGCGAGGGCGGCCUGCGGCUGGGAGAGAUGGAGCGCGACUGCCUCAUCGGGUACGGCGCGUCGAUGCUGCUCAACGAGCGGCUGAUGACCUCGUCGGACGGCUUCCGCGUGCACGUCUGCUCAAAGUGCGGCUUGAUAGCGCGGCCGCAGUGGUGCCAGCCGUGCCGCUCGCGCGACCACCUGCAGCAGCUAGAGAUCCCGUACGCCUGCAAGCUCCUCUUCCAGGAGCUGCAGUCGAUGAACAUCGUGCCGAGGCUACGGCUCGAGGCAAAGUAGUGUGUGUGUGGACACGGGCGGAGAGUCUUCUUACAGAGUGGAGAGAGUCGGGUUGGAGCCCCCUACAGUGCGUACUAUGCAGGUACUGACGUAUGGCAAAACACA